AUGGUGGCCGAAAAGGAGAGUCUCGUGUUCAACAGAAUUCUCUUUAAGCUGUUUCUGUCCAGCACCUUUCUGAAACUGUAUGAUGCAGCAGAUACUCUUUUCCCAAAUGAAACCAUUGGUGUUGGGCAGACUUUGGUUUCCAAAAACCAAGUAUUCGAGGUUGGGUUUUUCUCUCCCGCGAGCAGUUUGUUCUUGGGCAUGUGGUACAAAAAAACACCCAAAGUUGUAGUUUGGGUUGCAAACAGAAACAAUCCCAUCACUGGUUCUGGUUCAGGUUCAGGUUCAGGAGUAGUCUUGAAAGUUUCUGAAUAUGGAAAUAUUUCUAUAAGCAGACGUGGAAGCGUUAUCUGGUCGGGGAAUCCAUCAGGGGUCGGAUCAGAUCCGGUCUUAAAGCUCCUGGAUACCGGAAACCUGGUUGUAGUAGACUCGACAAAGCAAGGCUACAUAUGGCAGAGCUUUGACUACCCGACUGAUAACUGGCUGCCAGGAAUCAGGUUGGUGGACGAUAGUGAUGGUGGUGUGGAUACGUAUUUGAGGUCGUGGAGAACUUCCGAGGAUCCUUCGCCUGGAGAGUUUGUUUACAGGAUUGAGAACCAGGGCUUGCCUCAGUUGGUGGUUUACAGACAGACCAAGAAGAUGUUUCGAACUGGAAGCUGGAAUGGGCUUGGUUUCAGUGGCCUUCCACUCAUACCAAAUGCCUCCAUCACAAGCUUUUCUUUCAGAGACGAGAGGUUGAUAUCUAUAUCAAGGCCGAUCACCAGCUCAAUUUUCUCAAGAACAACACUCGAGCCAUCAGGUUUGCUAAAGAGAUACAACAUGAAUGCUAGAAUAGAUACUUGGACGCAUGUCCAGACGUAUCCAAGAGAUAAGUGCGACGCAUAUGAUAACUGUGGAGCAUAUGCUUUGUGCAGCACUGAGAAACCGCAGAUGUGUCAGUGUUUCAAAGGGUUCGCUCCCAAGUCGCAGAAUGAUUGGGACAUUCAAGACUGGUCGGGUGGAUGCACUAGAACGACACCACUGAAUUGCCCGAAUGGAGAUGAUGGCUUUCUAGAGGUUAAAAGGGUUAAGUACCCUGAUACGUUGAGGACUUGGUUGAAUACUAGCAUGGGCCUCGAAGAAUGCAAGGCCGAGUGCUUGAAAAACUGCAGCUGCACUGCUUGUGCUAAUCCAUACAUUACUAAUGGAGGCAGUGGCUGUGUGAUGUGGUUCGGGGAUCUCAUUGAUAUCAGAGAAUUUCCUGAAGCAAACGAUAACCAAAGCAUCUAUGUUCGUCUACCGGCCUCUGAGCUAGCGGGUUCUUCCACCAAUGGAGAGGAAGAGACGGAAGAGGGAAAAAAGAGUGGUGCUAAAAAGCUUGUUGUGAUAUUUGUAGCUGCUUCUGGAGUUGUAAUUCUUGCACUUUUAGGUGGAGGUGUGUUUUUUAUCGUCAGACGGAGAAGAGAAGCAUCAAAAAGUAACGAUGAAGAUAUAGAACUGAAAAUAUUAAAGCUGGAAACUAUAAUGGCUGCAACAAAUAACUUCUCUUCGGAAAACAUGAUCGGAGAAGGAGGUUUUGGCCCUGUAUACAAGGGAAGUUUGUCUGCAGAAGGAGAAAUAGCUGUCAAGAGAUUGUCGCGAACUUCACAACAAGGCGUUGAAGAGUUCAAGAAUGAAGUCAUCUUGAUCGCUAAACUUCAACAUAGAAACCUCGUCAGGCUUUUGGGAUGCUGCAUUUGUGGAGAAGAAAGAAUGCUGAUUUAUGAAUACCUCCAGAAUAAAAGCCUGGAUCAUUUCGUUUUUGAUCAAAACCGAAGGAAGCUUGUGACGUGGACUAUGCGUUUCGACAUAAUCAUGGGAAUUGCAAGGGGACUGCUAUACCUCCACCAGGACUCCAGACUAAAGAUUAUACACCGCGAUCUCAAAACAAGCAACAUCCUUCUCGACAAAGAACUGAAUGCGAAAAUUUCAGAUUUUGGUUUAGCAAGAAUUUUGGGAGAGGGACAAUCUAUUGCUAGAACAAGACGAGUUGUUGGGACAUACGGCUAUAUGGCUCCUGAAUACGCGAUAUAUGGGAAGUAUUCCGUGAAAUCUGAUGUGUUUGCGCUGGGAGUGAUAUUGUUAGAGAUUGUGAGUGGAAGGAAGAACCGAGGGUACGGCCAAAGUGAGGACGGCCAUAGCCUUUUGGGACAUGCAUGGUUCCUAUGGAGAGAGAACAAAAUAUGGGAGCUAAUGGAUAAAUGUUUGAGCAAUACUUUUACUGAAUCUCAAGUGAAGAGAUGCAUACAUGUCGGACUAUUAUGUGUUCAAAAAUUUGCAGAAGAUAGGCCGCUCGUGUCAUCGGUGGUUUUCAUGUUAGGAAACGACGAAGCUAUUAUCCCCGAUCCUAAGGAACCUGGGUUUUUUCCUGAAGAGAGUUCGAGCUUCGACACAAGUGUGUGUCAAGAAUCAAGCACCAUCACUGAUGUUGAGGCCAGAUGAAGAAUGCUAUGCGAUCCAUAUUUUUUAUCUGCACAAUAUUGUAUUUCCCAAAACAACCAAUAUCUGAGUAUUUCAGUAUAUGUGAUUUGGUUUCAUCAUUAACACUCACUAGAAAACACUUCCCAGGUAAUCGAAUUAUUCAUUUGUACAGUAGAAAAACAUACAAUGUUUUUACUUCAAUCUUGAUGGUUUUUAGGAUA